UCACUUUACUAAUACAAUGCCCGGGCCAGUCACCACCAUUCACCGCGAGCCUCCACCACUCACCACACUACCUCACUCCCUCACACACGCCAGACUACACACAUUUGUCUGCUCGCCUCUCCUUAGUCGCUGACACACGGGGACGUGACCAUGGCCCGUACUCUGCUCCUCGCUUGCCUGCUGGUGGUGGCCGUGAUGGGCACGGUCUCCCUGGCGCAGUGGAACCCCAGCUAUUAUCCCAACCUACAGCCGGGAUGGGGAGGCCAGUUCUUCAACACUUACCCGACGCAGCAGUUUGGAUGCAGGUACUGGUGCCGGAGCACCUUCACCGGACAAUACUACUGCUGCCAGACACCCCACCAGGCCGCCAUCAACAACCCAUACCCCUAUUACUAAAUGUGCAUGUGUUCGCUACCGCCCCUUCAGCAUCAACAGAGGUUGACGUGAAUGUUGUCUAGUGAUCUUUCAAGGUUAAGCAUUGUUAUUGGACCGUAAGGGAAUCUGCAAGAAGACAGAAUUCAUAUAUUUUCAAGAUCAUGGAUAGUAACUGGAACAUAAGGAAAGCUACAAGAAGGAAGAAAAUUAAUAAAAGACCAUUCUUUUUAAGGUUAGCGGUAGUUACUGGAUCGUAAGGAAAUUGCAAGAAGACACAAAAUUAAUAUAAGAUCAAUCUUUCUAUAACUUUCGUACUUUGAAGGCUAGUGGUAGUUACUGGAACACAACAAAAGAAAGUGCAGAAAGCCAGGAAACCAGUACAUGAUCAGUCUUUGUGUACUUUUUUACUUUAAAAAGGUUAAGACAAUUACCGGAACUUGACCAGGCUAUAAGAGGUCAGAAAACAGAUACAUAACCAGUCUUUGUAGGAUUAAUUCACUGGAAUCAUCUUAAUUAACACACCAUGGAGCUGCUUCCAUCUUUAGUUAGUGGUGUCCUGUCUCUAUAUACGCUAAAUUCCACAUGUACUGGCUGCCUGGCUGGCUGGUGGAGGCGUGCAUGGCGCCGCCACAAAGCCCCUGUGGUGAACUCAAGUGAUGGGCUUAAAGGAAGAGAAUAAACAGUGAUAUUCCUUUGUUUUUCUGUUCUGUAAGCGUUUCUAUUUAUAAUUUUUGCUUCAUCGGUCGUUAAAAUUGUAUUGAAGUAAAUUACUGGGUUUUGUAUUAAGAAAAGUAUGCAUAUG